AUGAGACUCUGUUCGACUCAUCUAAACAAAAUCCAGUGUGAAACGUCACCCGAGGAGACGCUGAAACGCGCGCUCAAAAUGCAGAGCCGUCGGACUUACCGCAUCAGAUCUUCAAAGUAUAGACGGCCGGCAUGCGCGCACUGGCUUCUCUUGUACUCGUCGUACUCUCCGAACUUGCCGCCGAUUAUUUUCUCGCGGCCUACAACUAUUUAA